CACGGAUCACAGAAAGAGUCGAAGAUGUUGGCUCGGUCAUGUGAUCAGCUGUGUCCAAUCACAGCUGAUCACAUGUACACUGAUCAUCAGGACACUGAUGAUCAGUGUGCCCUGAUGAUCAGUGUAGCCCCAGCAGUGCCACCUGUCAGUGUCCAUCAGUGCCUUAUGUCAGUGCUCAUCAGUGCCUUGUGCCAGUGCCCAUCAGUGCCACAUAUCAGUGCCUACCAGUGCACAUCAAUGCCACAUAUCAGUGCCCAUCUGAGCUGCCUUUCAGUGUCACCCAUCAGUGCCACCUAUCAGUGCUGCUAAUCAGUGCCACCUAUCAGUGCCUGUCAGUGCCGCCUAACAGUGCCAGUCAGUGCCGCCUAUCAGUGCCAUAUAUCAGUGCCAUGUAUCAGUGCUGCCUUUCAGUGCCCAUCAGUGAUGC